GAAAAAUAAGGAGGUUGGAGAGAGGGGAGGGUGGAUAUACACGAGCUGAAUAGAGGUCACGAAAGCGCGAUGUGACAUCUCGACAAAGUGAAGUAUUCGUGUUAUUCACCUGGGAGGCUGCGAGUUAAUGGACGCUCCCCCUCGCGCCGCUCUCCGUCCGCUCGCGCGGAGAGACUCGCACCGUUCCAGUGCUAUGGAAACUGGAGAGAUGGAGCGAGCGCGCGACAGAGGGGGAUACCCAGCACCUCAGCGCCGCCUCGGGCAUGUCAAUGACGUUGGUAUAUUUUGCGCUCUCCUAAAUGUGUCACGGUGCCCGUUAGAAACUGUUCACCUUUAAUUGAAGCGCGACGUAGGUGCGUGCGCAAAAUCCGUUGUGUUUUCUGCUUCUGUCGCUUAGUCGUGGUUGUUUCUGAGGCGAGUCCGCGUUUUCUCGUUUAUUGAUUUUAAGCGACCGGCAUUCCGUAGUGAAGUGCUGGGGCGCGCGCACGCGUGCGUCCGUUUCAUUUAUUUUGACAGACAUGAUCAUUUGUGCGCAGUUUAUCUGUCAAACGCGGAUUUCGGGGUCGAGGACGAGAAUUGCAAGCUAGGCCGGUGAUGACGCUGUUCUGGCCUCUGUCAAACGUUUGAGAGGAUAAAAACCUUUAAAAGCCGCGAGGGGUUGCGAAGGAGGCCGACGUUCCGUUUGACAUUUGGUCAGCGGGGGCUCUGUAGUGAAUGCCGAGGCAGUAUGGGACCAUGUGACCAUGGCUGACCGAGAGCUGGCCUUCAAGGCUGGCGAUGUCAUAAAGGUGUUGGACGCCUCGAAUAAGGACUGGUGGUGGGGUCAAAUCGACGAGGAGGAGGGCUGGUUUCCUGCCAGCUUCGUCAGGGUGGAGUCCCACCCCCCUCAAACCAAACAGCUUUUUUAUAUCAACCCUGUCGCUGCAUCACGCCUCACAAACACCACAGCUAAGUUAUGGGUAAAUCAGGAGGAAAACACUGUGGUCGAGGCUGCCGAAAGCUCCAGCGAGGUGCAGAAUGGCCAUGCAGAGGCCAGUCCGAACCCCAGCACCAACUGCUUGUGUCUUGGCCAGCCCACUCAGAACCGGGACCAGAUGAGAGCCAAUGUCAUCAAUGAGAUCAUGAGCACAGAACGACAUUACAUCAAACACCUGAAGGACAUCUGUGAGGGGUAUCUCCGUCAGUGUAAAAAGAGAAGAGACAUGUUUAACGACGAUCAGCUGAAAGUGAUCUUUGGAAAUAUCGAAGAUAUUUACAGAUUCCAGUUGAGUUUCGUCAGAGACCUGGAGAAACAGUUUAACACGGAAGAACCUCAUCUCAGCGAGAUCGGACCUUGCUUUUUGGAACACCAAGAUGGAUUCUGGAUCUACUCAGAAUAUUGUAACAACCACGUGGAUGCCUGCAUGGAGCUCACACGUCUCAUGCGAGACGCACGAUACCAGCACUUCUUCGAAGCUUGCCGAUUGGUUCAGCAGAUGAUCGACAUCGCCAUUGAUGGCUACCUGCUCACACCAGUCCAGAAAAUCUGCAAAUACCCUCUACAGCUGGCAGAGUUACUGAAAUACACAGUACAAGAACACAGUGAUUAUCGGUAUGUGGCUGCUGCGCUAGCUGUAAUGAGAAAUGUCACUCAGCAAAUCAACGAACGCAAACGAAGGCUUGAGAACAUUGACAAAAUCGCCCAAUGGCAGGCCUCGGUACUGGACUGGGAGGGUGAGGAUAUUCUGGACAGGAGCUCAGAGCUUGUGUACACUGGGGAGAUGUCCUGGAUAUAUCAACCAUAUGGGCGCAGCCAAACCAGAAUCUUCUUCCUAUUCGAUCAUCAGAUGGUCCUCUGUAAGAAGGAUCUCAUUCGCCGUGAUAUUCUCUACUAUAAGGGUCGGAUUGAUAUGGAUCGUUAUGAGGUCAUUGACGCAAUCGAUGGCCGAGAUGAUGAUUUUAACGUUAGCGUAAAAAACGCCUUCAAACUGGCCAACAGAGACACAGACGAGAUCCAUCUGUUCCUGCCCAAAAAGCUGGAGGAGAAAAUCCGUUGGCUUCGGGCAUUUCAAGAAGAAAGAAAGAUGGUCCAGGAAGAUGAGAAGAUUGGGUUUGAAAUCUCUGAAUAUCAGAAGAAACAAGCCGCCCUGACCGUUAGGAGAGUCACCAAACAGAAAGGUGUGGGCCGGUCGGGGCCCCCAACAUACCCACCUCCUUCGGACCCCAUGAACCCUGGGCAAUACCUCCUCCCUGAUGGCUACGGGCAGGCGGAUGGAUAUGAAUACGAGCCCAAACGCAGCACAUCUCCCUUCUGGCAGAACUUCAGUCGGUUAGCUCCCUUUAAGAAAUAGAACACACAUCCACCAGGGGUCGGAUACACCAGCCUCUGUAUACUUGGAAAAGCACUAUUCUACUUAAGAUACAUCUGCGGGACUUGAGGAGGACCGACACACACACAAACUACAGGAGAGAGGAUGGACCUCGCUUUGAUGGGGUUUACCAGGCGUAUUUCUUUUACUAGGGUUACGGGGACACCUUGCUGGGCUGGCUGCACUGAAUACUGCACCCGACAUGUUGUAAUUCACAGAAAAAAAAAUCACGCAAACACGCACACAAAAAACAUACAUUUUAUUCCUCGGCACUCUCUUUUUAGAGAGGUUUUAAAUCAUGAAAUAUGGAAAAUCUCUUAUGGUUUCUUCUUCUCUAUACAAAUCAACAGAUUUCGAACUUUCACCGUUUGAAGCACUAAACCACGGUAAUGACUCUUGCUCUCUAGCGCCGCCCUGGUGUUCCUCCCUGCACUGUGACUAUUCGGGGCAUUGUCUCUCACCCAAUCUCUCUUUUUCUCUCUCGAUCUUAUACUCCACAUCAUCAUGUGUUUUUCCAACAGUUUAAAGUCCGGUCAAAGCUGAAGAUUUUUUUUUUCCUGGACAAUUUCUCCUUGGAUGGAACCUGCUGCACUCUUUAGUUUGUUUUGCAUGAGAUUCAGUUCAUUGCAGAUAUUUUUAUUUGUGUAAUUCUAUUUGUACGGGUCUCAGAGAACAGUGGAUCACGAUCUGCAAAUUUGUCGCGCAAGUUGCUUUCACUGGUCAUGGUCUACUGGAAAUACGGAUAUUGGAACAACUUUGACAUUCAGAGAAACAUACAAUCACUCGAAUUACAAGUCAUUUUGGUUUGCUGGAGCCUUAGAUACCUUGAUUAAACUACAGACCAGAGAAACCUGAAGGAGGAAGUGUUUUCCUCUGAACAGUGGACCUCUGUAGCGUGCUUACAUCAGAGCCUUGUUUAUCCUGAGGUCUUGGUCUUGGUUUCACCAUUGUUUCCUCUCUCCCGU